CUCAGUCCGUCCGAGGUCUUCGCAUCACCGUGCCAAAGUGGAAAAGCGAAGGAAGCAAGCAAGCUCUCUCGUUUGGCCAUUGCCGCCGCAGCAAUGUCUUCUCCACUUUCCGCCGAUGACGGAGAUAUCUUCGAGCGUCUACAACAACGUACCGACCCAAAAGUGCAGGAAGAGCAGCAGAAAGCUGUCAAUGAACGGGUCAGAGCGAUCUAUGAGAAGGCACAAAAUCGUCUCGGUGAAUUGAUCGACCAAAAUUCCACUCUACCAUGUGUCAUCUCUUCAGUGCAGGUUCAUGGUGCUCGCCAUACGCGCAGAAGCUUUUUGGAGCAGAUAUUCAACCCUCUGCUUAGCAGCAAUCAUACUAGACCCUAUACGCUCUCGGAAGCCUUGCAGGAAGUAUCGGCACGUGCGGACAAGCUUGGCAGGUUUGAUGUCUUUCAACAGCCGAUCUCGGUAUAUCUCGAUCAGUCAUCACCGGCUGACCCGCAAACUGGUCUCCCGACCAUUGAUGUCCUGCUGUCGGUCAAGGAGAAGUCUCGCGUCUUGCUCAAGACGGGUACUGAUCUUGGAAACACUGAAGGGUCCGCUUAUGGUAACCUUCUUUGGCGUAAUUUGUUUGGAGGUGCAGAGAACCUGAACUUGAAUGCUUCACUGGGCACCAGGACAAGAUCCGCAUACCAGGCCACCUUCGACACCCCACUUCUCAGCGACCCCGAUUUCCGCUUGGAGCUUGGUGGAAUUGCCAGUGCCACACAAAAGUCUUGGGCAAGCCACGAGGAGGUCCUGAAAGGCGGAUGGAGCAAACUUCGCUGGAUGAGCUCGUCCGGACACCACCAUGAAUUUGGAUACAACGGUUUCUGGAGACAAAUGACUGGCCUUUCCGAAAAUUCAUCCUCUACUGUUCGUGCCGACGCCGGAGACAGCGUGAAGAGCAGCGUCUUCCACAGCUGGACUAAGGACCGGAGGGAUAAUGCGCUCCUUCCGUCGCGGGGCUACUAUGCCAAGGUCUUCAAUGAGGUAGCUGGCUGGGGUCCGCUCAAGGGUGAUGUCUCUUUCUGGAAGUCGGAGAUCGAAACACAAGCUGCAGUACCCGUCCCCAUCCCUGGUCUCAAGGGCGACAGUGGCGUCAGUUUCACAACUGGAUUCCGUGCGGGACUUUUGUACCCUCUCGGGCUUGAUUCGGAUUCUCAACCGCAAUUAUCUAGAGUUAACGACCGUUUCCUGCUGGGAGGCCCCACAGAUGUGCGUGGGUUCCGUCUUUGCGGCCUCGGACCUCAUGAUGGAGCGGAUGCGGUUGGAGGAGACGUGUAUGCUGCGGGAAGUGCCAAUUUGCUGCUUCCACUCCCGAGAGUGGGUGCCGACAAGCCUUUCCGUCUACAAGCAUUUGUGAACGGUGGUCGUCUUCUGCCACUUCGCACGGCUGACAAGAAUGUCCCCACUUCCAGUGGUGAGGUGAAAGAUGCCAUGGUAUCGACCAUCUCCGAGCUGGCAAAUGGUUUGCCCAGCGUUGCGGCGGGUGUCGGACUGGUUUAUGCUCAUCCAGUUGCCAGAUUUGAGUUGAACUUCUCCCUGCCACUGGUGUUGCGUAAAGCUGAAGAAGGCCGCAAGGGCCUUCAAAUGGGAAUCGGCAUUAACUUCCUGUAAAAUUAAGCCAAAGCGAUGUAUUGUAGCAUUUUGAAUAGAAGAAUGCUGUUAUAUUCUCUAGCAGCCUAAAUCAAGCAUUUUGAGACCG